AUAAGUACCUCAUACAACGCUACAAGACAUCUGAACUUUCCCUUUAAUACGUGAAAUGAAAGGAUACAAUAACGAGUACGAUUUUUUUAAAUGCAAACUUUGCCCGUUAAUGGAUCCUACUGACAUGACUUUUGCACACAAAUAAAGGGUGCCGACUUAGGUAAACAGCAGAGAACGUCAAAGUAAAACACUUAAGUGCACUUCAAAUCAAGAAAAUGAAUGUAUCUACACAUUUUUGCAUAGAAAAAAAUGUAUCUGAACUUUUAUUACAAGUUUGCUAAUUAUCAUAACGUGCUGUACUUUAGUCUGGCAUGUCAGUAAAGUCUACUCAGUCACUUUUAUGUGUAGCCUAUACUUCUAAUAUCUGAAUAGCUGAUUAUCAACCUCUGUUUAAGAUGUUAUUUAAGUUAAAUCUAAGUUAGGUGCAGUUUUUUAACUUUUUUUCUAUGAUGAUCAUAAUAAUGCAGCCUAAAAUAUAACAGUAUAAUACUGUAUUAUCAUUAUUAUCCACACUGCUAAGACGACUGAUCAGAAAUAUGAAGCACUUUUUAAAAAGUGUAUUGUUGGACGAAUCGUGUUUGUUAGGAGACCACUGACCUGAGAGUGAGCUCUCAGUCUGAGCAGAACGUCCUUUCUGUCGACCGGCGGCACGUCGCUGCCCGUCCCGCAUGGGAACCUGUGCAGCUGCUGCUGACACGGGACCCGGGAGCUCUUGUCCCCGCACAGGUGCCUGGCGUACGCGCUCGCGUUGUUCCCGGUCAUCGCGCACUCGUAGUAAUUCCCGUUGAGCAGGGCCACUGCGAUCCAGCUGGAGGGCGCAACCAGCGCGGCGGUGCUGAUCUGGAUAAGCGCCGCGCCGGCGGCGAUCAGCCUCCUCCAGCGGCACAGCGCGGCCCCGCGCCGGCACGCGCCCGUCAGCAGCUUCGACGCCUUCUUGCUCAGGAUGUAGCCCAGCAGCAGCAGCGCCAGAGCGGGCACGAGAAGGAACACCAUGCCGUAGAAGAAGUUCAGGUCGCUGCAGGGACAACUGAAGACCGCCGAGGAGAAGAUCUGCUCCCCUCCCGCGGUCAGCAGGGCCACCAACCCGAAACCGAGUUCAGCUGACGGGUUUAAAUACUACAACUCCCAUGAGCCUCGGCUGCCGUUGCUAUGGAGAAGAAGCUGGUGAGAGGCAGCGGCGUAACUAAAGCAAAACGAGGUGAAGCACGACAACUCAUCAUCCCCUGGAGUGGCAGAUCAAGAGAAGGAAAUGGCAACCAGGGCUUAUGAAGCGUUUUCGAGCGGGAAGUACGACGAGUCUCUGAAACAGCUGGACGCCAUGCAGGAGCUGAACAAAGAGGACUACAAGAUCGCCCUGAACAAAGCUGUCGUGGAGUUUUACAAGAGCAGUCAAUCCACCACGGGGACUCUGAAGCAGACCCUCAUGGCAAUGAAGAACCAGGUUCACACGUCGGCAGAGGACACCGACGGGUUGGACGACGUUGAAAACAGCCUGCUGUACUAUAAUCAAGCCAUCAUCUACUACCACAUGAGGCAGUACUCUGAAGCCAUCGCCAUAGCAGAGAGGCUCUACCAGUUUCUGGAACCGUUUGAAGAGAAGUUUGCUCAGGCCGUGUGCUUCCUGCUGGUGGAUCUGUACCUGCUCACCUUCCAGCCAGAGAAGGCCCUCCAUCUGCUGGCCGUGCUGGACAAACUCUCCACACAAGGAAGCAACAAGAACGGCAAGGGAGAGAGCAACAGUUCAAACCAGAGGGCGGAGUUCACAACCAUGAUCGAGGCAGCCAAGUCAAAGAUGCACCAGUACAAAGUGAGAGCCUACAUUCAGAUGAAAUCCUCCAAGGCCUGCAAGAGGGAGAUCAAAUCGGUGAUGAACACAGCGGGGAACUCCGCGCCCUCGCUCUUCCUCAAGAGCAAUUUUGAGUACCUGAGAGGAAACUACCGGAAAGCGGUGAAGCUGUUGAACAGCUCCAACAUCGCAGAGCAUCCCGGACCCAUCAAGACGGGCGAAUGCGUUCGGUGUAUGUUCUGGAACAACCUGGGCUGCAUUCACUUUGCGAUGGGGAAACACAACCUCGGCAUUUUCUACUUCAAGAAGGCGCUGCAAGAGAACGACCACACCUGCGCACAGCUGGGAGACGGCAGCAGCGGGCAAUCUAAGAAGUUCACAGGCAUCCCCAUGUGUGCUCUACUAGCCAACAAGCGCUACGAGCUGCUGUAUAACUGUGGUAUUCAGCUGCUGCACAUCGGCAGGCCUCUGGCAGCGUUCGAGUGUCUGAUGGAGGCCGUGCAGGUGUACCACUCCAACCCCAGACUGUGGCUGCGACUGGCCGAGUGCUGCAUCUCUGCUAACAAAGGGGGGUCGGAGCAGGAGAGCAAAGGUCUACCAUGUAAAAAAGGAAUAGUUCAGUCUAUCGUCGGGCAGGGCUACCAUCGCAAGAUCGUGCUGGCGUCCCAGUCCACCCAGAACACUAUCUACAGUGAGGGCCAGUCGGCAGCGAUCCCAGUAGCCAGUAUGGAGUUUGCAGCCAUCUGCCUGAGGAACGCUCUGCUGCUCCUCCCUGAGCACCAGCAGCAGGACACCAAGACAGACAACGGCUCCAAGAGCUCCAGUCAGUCGGGGAGCACCGAGAGCGGCAGCGAGAACAGCGACGCCUGCAGUGGGAAAGGUCAGGAUGCUGAUAAGUUCCUGUCUGCUGCUCCAUCGUCUCCUCUCAGAAAACAGGAAGUAGAAAACCUCAGGUGCUCCAUCCUGGCGUGUAGUGCCUACGUGGCGUUAGCGCUGGGAGACAACCUGAUGGCUCUAAACCACGCUGAGAAACUGCUCCAUCAAACCAAGGUGUCGGGAUCCCUCAAGUUCCUGGGUCACCUCUACGCUGCUGAAGCCCUCAUCUCAUUGGACAGGAUCUCUGACGCCAUCGCUCACCUCAACCCGGAGAACGUCAGCGACGUGUCAAUGGGGGUGCUGACCAGCGAGCAAGACCAAGCAGGGUCUGAGAAAGGAGACGAGUCUGUCGAGUCCUCAGGGAAGCAGACUCCUUUGUGUUACCCCAGCAGUGUGACAGCAGCUCGGGCCAUGAUGCUCUUCAACCUGGGCAGCGCCUACUGUCUGAGGAGCGAGUACGAGAAGGCCCGCAAGUGUCUGCAACAGGCUGCGUCUAUGGUGAACACCAAGGAGAUCCCGCCUGAAGCCAUCCUGCUGGGAGUCUACUUAGAGCUACAGAACGGCAACACCCAGCUGGCCCUGCAGAUCAUCAAACGGAACCAGCUGCUGCCCACGGCGGUCCAGAGGGUCUCCCCAGAGUCCCGCAAGAAGCCCGUCCAGACCUUCCAGUCCGUCCAGCCCAUCCAGCUGCCCUCUCCCUUCACACAAGUUCAGCGUAAAUGAGCCCCCAGAGCCACCUCUGACUACCCCCCCCCUCACGUCACUCCACUGCACACACAACCCACUCCCCCCCCCCCCCUGACGAGCCUUGGUAUUUAUGAAGCUGCUUCCCCUCAGCAUCAGGAGCCUUUGAAAUGCUGGUGUGGCUGCUGACCGAUGGGAGUAAAUUCAGCUGCAGCGGUAACGUGGACUGAGACCAGCUGACUGUUUAUUUCCAUUUGAAUGAGGAAUCUGUGUGUUGUCUGAACAAGGAAAAUAAAUUUUAUUUACUGUAUGCCAUGUGUGACUCUU